AUGUAUUUAAUGAGCUGUACUGGGCCAGAUAUUGCCUUUGCGGUUAGUAAACUCAGUAGAUAUACGAGUAACCCUGGUGAUAUGCACUGGAAGGCAAUUGUGAGGGUUAUGAGAUACUUAAGGGAUACUCGUAACUAUGGACUGCACUAUACUGGAUAUCCUGCUGUACUUGAAGGGUAUAGCGACGCUAAUUUGAUAUCUUAUAUUAAAAACUCUAAGUCCACGAGUGGUUACGUGUUUACACUAGCCGGUGCAGCUGUUGCAUGGAAAUCCUCUAAGCAAACCGUGAUAGCUAGAUCUACGAUGGAAUCUGAGCUGAUAGCCUUGAACAAAUGUUGUGAAGAGACUGAAUGGCUACGCCAUUUUCUAGAGGAUAUUCCUGAUUGGGAAAGACCUGUACCUCCAAUCUGUGUGCAUUGCGAUAGUCAAGCCACACUUGGAAAGAGUACGAAGUCAUAUGUAUAA